AUGUCUGAGGUCCUGACGGUGGACGCCGUCCUCUUCGGUCUGCUGGUGUUCUCUGGGAUUAUAGGAAACAUUCUGGUCAUCAGUGUGGUGUUCCAGUGCGCUAAAGAAAGCUCCUCCCGCCACCUGCCGCCGUCAGACACCAUCCUGGUGAACCUGUGCAUGGCCAACCUGCUGACGUCGGUCUUCCGGACGGUGCCCAUCUUCGUGUCGGACCUGGGUCUGAAGGUGUCGCUGUCGCCGGGCUGGUGUCGUCUCUUCAUGCUGCUGUGGGUGUGGUGGCGCGCGGUGGGCUGCUGGGUGACUUUGGCCCUCAGCACCUUCCACUGCGUCACCCUGCGGAGGCAGCACGUCACCAUGGGUCCACGUGGACAUCAGCGCGAGCGCCGGCGCGUCUGGGGCGUCCUGGCCACCGUGUGGGUCGUCAACCUGCUGUUCUCUCUCCCAGCGCUGGUGUACACGACACACGUGCGCGGAAACACCACGGUGGAGCUGAUGGUGAUCAGCUGCACGACUCGCCCGCUGCUGGGCUGCGUUUGGGAGUUUCCCACCGAGCGGCAGGGCUACGCCUUCUCCUCCACGUCGCUGGCGCUCAACGAGGUCAUGCCGCUGAUUCUGAUGGUCGGGACCAAUCUGGUGACGCUGCACUCACUGGCCAAACACAUCCGGGCGGUCACGGCGGGCGGCGGCGGCGCGGUGGAGCUGGACAGGCACGUGUCCAGCGAGAGGAAGGCGGGUCACGUGAUCAUGGCUCUGGUCGCGCUGUUCGUCGGUUGCUGGGUGCUGCAGGUCGCCGCGGUCACGUACUACAACCACAACGGCGGGAAGCACGCGGAGGGCCUGCUGACCGUCGCGCAUUUCUCUGCGUCGCUCUUUGUAGGGUUCAGUCCGUUAGUGGUGACGUUUGGACACGGUAAACUGCGGCGGAGAAUCAGCGCGAUGACGCAACACUGGACGCAGCGGAUCAAACGCCCACGAGUGGACACCGCCUCCGCACAGAAAGACACGUCCGGCGGGAAAACUGUUCAGAGCGGGAAAACUGUUCAAAGCGGGAAAACUGUUCAAAGCGGAACAACGUGACUGGCACGUGCCGAGAGGCUCAACAUUUGUGAAAAUUUAGGACUGACUGCAAUUUGUGAUGCAUUUAACUUUUCAGGAUUCACAGAUGGAUAGAAAGUUUGAAAGAACAGCAUUUAUUUAAUAAUUUUAUAACAUUAUUUCUUUACUGUCACUUUUGAUUAAUUUAAUGUUACUGAUGAAAGUAUUAUUUCUUUUAGCGAAUCACGGUUUUGAGCAGCACAACUGUGUUCAACACUGAUGAUAAUCAGAAAUGUUUCUUGAGCAGUAAAUCACCAUAUUAUUGUGAUUUCUGAAGAUCAUGUGACACUGAAGACUGGAGGAAUGAUGCUGAAAAUACAGCGGAGCAUCACAGAAAUACAUUACACUUUAACACAGAUUCACACAGAAAACAGAUGAUUUAGAUUAGAAUAAUAUUCAACAAAUUUUAUUGUAUUUUUCAUAAAAUUAAUGCAGCCUUGGUGAGCAGAAGAUACUUAAAACAUAAAAAAAGAUGAUUAUAAACCAAAUAGGUUCAGGUGUGUCAAUAGGUGUGUCAGACAAAGGACACUGAAUAGGUGAUAAAAAUGAUUCCUGCAUUAAUAAUGUUGUUCAUUUGUGAUGAUC